AGAGAGAGAGAGAGUGUGUGUGUGUGUGUGUGUUCAUAUAUAUCAGAAAAACCGUAAAUGAGAUGAAAACUUUUGUGAAGGUGAAUUAGUUUGAUUGUUGGAAAUGGUGAAACUCUGCAAUGAAAUGCUGCAUAUCUGAGGUGGUGAGUGAGCUGAAGAAAUUUAAUUGCGUAUAAAAAUAGGAGGAGUGCCAGCUCAGCAUGGAUCAUAAAACCAGAAGCUAAGAUUAACUCUAGGAAUCGGCGUCCAAUUUUAGAGCGAGAGAGAGAGAGAGAGAGAAAUCAAAUAGAAAAUGUGCGAUCGCAGCGCCUCCCCACCCUCCUCCUCUUCGUCCUCCUCGUCGAGCGUCGCCGCCGCGAGCCGCUGCCGGAGCCGGCAUUUCACUGAGGAAGACGGCGACGCGGCGGCGUGCACGGGGAGGUCGUGCCAGUCGUGCACGGCCGGCGUGAUCGCGGACUGCGUGGCCGUGUGCUGCUGCCCGUGCGCGGUGGUGAACCUCCUGACGCUGGCGUUCGUGAAGCUGCCGUGGGCGGUGGCGCGGAGGUGCCUCGGGCGGCGGCGCGAGAGGAGGCGGCGGCUGGCGGAGGAGCGGCGGAAGCGCGGCGGGGAUGGGGAGGGGGCGGCGGAGAUCGUGGUGAAUAUCGGCGAGGAGUUGUUAAAUGACGAAUUUGGGGCUGAGUUGAAAUUAGGGGAAGACGUGUGGUUGGAGUUGUAUGAGUUGGGGCAUUUGGGUGGUUUUGGUAGGGUUUCCUUUACGGGGAUUCCUUUCCAAGACAAGGGCGAUUAGGGGAAUUUCACUUCCACUUUUUUUCACAUUUCUUUCCCGAGGGAAAACUUUUACCAUUUUUUAACGGUCUUUACUUGUUCCAAUUGACCGUUUUACCCUUUUGCACACUUCAAAUAUAUAUACCCCAUCUCCAUCUGUAGUUAUUAUUGGCUUACCGAUUAUUAGUGAAACAAAGUUUGAAGAAUUUUCCCUCUCUUUUCUCUUCAUUUUGGACUAUAGUUUUUCGAAAUGUCUCA